GGUCGUUUUUCACUGGCGCGGAUUGGAGACACGUACAGUACAAAUCUUGGUAUACUGUGGGAUUGUGGUCGCGUGGACUAAAGUUGAUCACUUGGGCUGGCUGAAGUCGAGAAGUGUUAGGUUUGCUUAUUUGGGACGAGCUGGAGAGAGGGUGUGUCCCCUCGACGGAUUUCUGGAGUGACCCAACUCAACUUUUGCAUUGCGGCACUGUUGGAUUGGGAUUUCUUUUCUUCCUUUUGUUUCUUUACAUUUUCCUCUAUUCAAAAUUUCGAUCGAUCAAAACAACUCCACCAAAAUCCACAACCUGUCUCAUUUCUCCCAGAGAGCAUUAGCCAACACCUCCAAACACAUGGAUACCAAUACUUCUUCACCCCUCCUCCGCCUCCCGCUAGAAAUUCGCCUCAUCAUCUACGAAUAUCUGCUCUUUCCUUCUGCCGUUCCAUCAUCCUCGCAUUCAACAUCGGUCACGAAUCUCCUUCCAAAUUACCACACGUACUACUCCUCAGACACCAAUUAUGAUCCUUUUACACUGUCUGUACGAACCGUAGAUCCCUACCUUACACCGCAGACUUCGCAAGGUUGGAGACGUCGAAGCACAUAUCACGUCCGGACCGGACCAUUCCUAACCACUACAACACCCACAACCUACCGCAUCCUCUUCUCCCCCUAUACUGCCCACCUGCGUCUUACUAUCCCCUCGCUUCUCUCUCUAAACUCCCAAAUCCACGCCGAAGCGUCCAAAGUGCUCUACUCAACCUACACCUUCGCCUUCAGCACUGCCAUCGAAGCCGUGAUUCCAUUUCUCUCGGACCUAACCCCGAUCGCGCGUUCCGCAGUGCGGAAUCUCAGUAUCACAAAAAAGGCGCUACCGUAUGCCAAGGAAUUCGAUCGCGCGGAAUGGAAUGCAGCGUGUGGGUUUCUGGCGAAGGAGAUGAGGAUGGGGUUGGGGCUGAGGCAUUUGAUGCUUAACGUUGUGGCCGGGAAUCCAAAUACCCUGACCAAUCCAGACGUGUCGGAUGCUUCAGACACUCCCAGCACAGAGGCACAGGUGGAGGAAGAAGCAGACUCCGUAACACCACUCUCAGCGCAGGAUUUCGCGCUCCUAUCGCGCAUGCGGCGGGAAUGGGGGACUGCUUACUCUUUGGGGGUGGAUUUGGAAUGGGCCGAGGAAGUUAUGGCGAUACGCGGACUCCGCAAGUUGAGUGUGAAGGCAUUGGUGGAGCAUUGUCCGCCGCCGAAGAGUGAGGGCAUGAAGUUCUGGGUUGCAUUUUCGAAGAGCGUGGAGCGGGGAUUUGCGGAAUGGGUGCGCGGGGUUAUGGUAGAAGGAUAGGAGUUGGGGUAGAUUGAGAGGUGGUUGAAGGAGGUCCAAAGGAUCUACCGCUUUUAAUGGGUUUGAGUUCAGUCAGAUCGGGGCACGGUUCUUGCUAGGUAGCGGGCAGAUGUGAAAAUAAACAAUCCAUGUAAGCGGACGCAUUGUGAGAAUUUUUACGUCGAAGGAAUGGUAUUAGGGCAACCAGGUCCACGGGUGCAAG